GUCGGGUCGCCAUGACGCUCCCAGCCUCCUAAAAUAGAGAGGGAAAGGAUACUCAAGACACAGAAACAACCAGCAGCUGCCUCAUACAGAGACCAGGGCUGAUAAACAACUGAGUGAAUCCUGAGAAAGACACACAGAAAGAGAUAAAGCAACCGUAUCACACCGAAGAGACAGAGAGGCUGUCAAAACAGAGACAGAGAGAGACACCACAGGGAGUCCCUCCUGUGUCACAGUAGUGAUCAACAGAGUGAUACAAAGAGAUUCACAAGAGAGACUGAGAGAGUCACCACAGGGAGCCCCUCCUGCGUCACAGUAGUGAUCAACAGAGUGAUACAAAGAGAUUCACAAGAGAGACUGAGAGAGUCACCACAGGGAGCCCCUCCUGCGUCACAGUAGUGAUCAACAGAGUGAUACAAAGAGAUUCACAAGAGAGACUGAGAGAGUCACCACAGGGAGCCCCUCCUGCGUCACAGUAGUGAUCAACAGAGUGAUACAAAGAGAUUCACAAGAGAGACAGAGAGUCGCCACAGGGAGCCCCUCCUGCAUCACAGUAGUGAUCAACAGAGUGAUACAGAAAGAUUCACAAGAGAGACAGAGAGAGUCACUACUGGGGAAUACAGACUCAUCACUCAUCACUCAGAGCCAGAGAGCCAGGCAUGGCCCGGAUCACUGCAGAAGUAGAGAUGCCGCGUCAGUUCACCAAGAUCUCGCUGAGCGAGGUGGAUGAGUCGGUGCGUCUGCUGGCAGAGAAGGUGUACGCCUCGGUGCUGAAGGAGGAGGACACCAAGGAUGCCCUGUCCAUGUACACCGUGCCUGAGGACUGCCCCAUCGGCCUGCACCAGGACCGGGAGAUGGAGAUGCUCAAGGAGAUCGCCGAGCAGAACUCUGAGGAAAGCACCAAGAGGAAGAAGAGUUUUAAGAUGAAGCGUUCCCAGUUGGUAUCUCAGCAGUUCCCCAGUUCCCUCAACAUCAAUCCAGAGUGGGCUAUGUCUGUAGUCACUCCUCUGCUCUUCCCUGGCACACCUGUCUGCCCCAGUAUCCCAGAGAACUCCCCAGAGUUCCAGAGGGUCACCAUCAGCGGAGAUUAUUGUGCAGGGAUAACAGUGGAGGACUAUGAGCAGGCAGCCAAGACACUGAUGAAGGCCCUGUUCAUCAGGGAGAAGUACUCCAGGCUGGCCUACCACCGCUUCCCCAGGACCACCGCCCAGUUCCUUCGCAGUGCUGAGAACCAGAAGUGGAACGUGGAGGAUGAGAUCUUGCCAGAUAUGUGCCCCUGCCCUCGUGAGGGGGAGGACCCGUACACUACGGAGGGCAUCCCUGACGACCUGAACUACUCUCUACAGAUGAAGGACGGCAUAGUGUACGUGUACGACGAUGCAGAGGCCCUGAAGCAGCAGCAGCCCCACAGUCUGCCCUACCCCGACUUGGAGACCUUCGCCAUUGACCUGAGUCAUGUCCUCGCCAUGAUCGUAGACGGGCCCACGAAAACCUACUGCUACAGACGACUGAACUUCGUGGCCUCCAAGUUCUAUCUGCACGAGAUGCUGAAUGAGAUGGCUGAGCUGAAGGAGCUGAAAGGUGUGCCUCACAGAGACUUCUAUAACGUCAGGAAGGUAGACACUCACAUCCACGCAGCCGCUUGCAUGAACCAGAAGCACCUGCUGAAGUUCAUCCAGACCACCUACAAGACCGAGGCAGACCGCGUUGUGCUGGAGAAGGGGGGGCAGAUGAUCACCUUGAAACAGGUGUUUGACACCCUGGCCAUGGACCCCUAUGACCUCACUGUGGACUCCCUGGACGUACACGCUGGAAGGCAAACAUUCCACCGCUUUGAUAAGUUCAACUCCAAGUACAACCCUGUAGGAGCCAGCGAACUCCGAGAGAUUUACCUGAAAACAGACAACUACAUCAAAGGGGAAUACUUUGCACGCAUCAUCAAGGAAGUGGCUCAUGAGCUGGAGGAGAGUAAGUACCAGCACGCAGAGCCCCGUAUGUCCAUCUACGGCCGCUCCCCUGAUGAGUGGGAGAGCCUGGCCUCAUGGUUCAUUCAGCACAAGGUUCACUCCCCCAACAUGCGCUGGAUCAUCCAAGUGCCCAGGAUCUAUGACAUUUUCAGGUCGAAGAAGAUAAUACCGAACUUCGCCAAGCUGCUGGAGAAUAUUUUCCUCCCACUGUUCGAGGCUACAGUCAAUCCACAAAAGAACAAGGAGAUACACGUUUUCUUAAAAUACGUGACCGGGUUCGACAGCGUGGAUGAUGAGUCCAAGCACAGUGACCACAUGUUCUCCUACAAGAGCCCCAAACCUGAGGAGUGGACCUCAGGCGAAAACCCCCCCUACAGUUACUACCUCUUCCACAUGUACGCCAACAUCAUGGUCCUCAACAACCUGAGGAAGGAACGAGGCCUCAACACCUUCCAGUUCAGGCCCCACUGUGGCGAGGCCGGCUCUAUCACCCACCUGGUCUCUGCCUUCCUCACGGCCGACAACAUCUCCCACGGUCUCAACCUGAAGAAGAGUCCUGUGCUGCAGUACCUGUACUACCUGGCCCAGGUCCCCAUCGCCAUGUCUCCUCUAAGCAACAACAGCCUGUUCCUGGAGUACUCCAAGAACCCUCUCAAGGAGUUCCUCCAGAAGGGCCUGUGUGUGUCCCUGUCCACUGACGACCCCAUGCAGUUUCACUACACCAAGGAGGCCUUGAUGGAGGAAUAUGCCAUCGCGGCCCAGCUGUGGAAGCUAAGCACCUGUGACACAUGUGAAAUCGCCAGGAACAGUGUGCUGCAGAGUGGUCUGUCUCAUCAGGAAAAGAAGCACUUCCUGGGGGCCAACUACCUGCAGGACGGGCCCGACGGGAAUGACAUUAGACGGACCAAUGUGGCUCAGAUCCGCAUGGCCUACCGCCACGAGACCCUGUGCAAUGAGCUCAGCUUCCUGGUGGAGGCUGUGAAGACCGAGGCCGGCGGCACACAGGUCGAGUGACCACAGCACAGAGAGACCCACACAGUAGCUGCUGGGACAGUGUUGGAAAGGUCAAUGUUAAAGGUAUCUGUGGCAGCACAGUAUGGUUUGGGUCGUGACAGUAGUGUUGAAAAGGGUUAGAGUGACCUCUGGUCGCUCUUCACUUCAGCUCUAGACCACAGCCAAAUCCUGUACUGCUACCGCGCUACGGUAAUACUGAGAGAAUAAGACACCGAGCUAAAUGAAUGAGACUGUACCGUGUAAGCCGCACCAAAUCAAGCCAAGCCAACAGCAGCGCACUAGGCAAAUCAACAUUACCCUAUUGAUUCUUGUUUUCUUUGGUCUGCAUGCCUUUUUCCCAUAUGGUGUUUGAUAAAGUAGAACUUCAUCCCUACCACGAAAACCCUGUUUGUAGUUGAACAUAGGAUCCAGAGGGACACUGCUUAUGCACUACCAUAGUUCUCGUGUCCUGUUCAAGAAAUACUACCAACUGUGCCAACACAGGAGCUCUCAACGCCAGAUUAAAAGCCAAAUCAGAGAGCACACCGGUCGUUGUGUAAUUGUGGCCUUUCUAUUUGAAAUACAGUACAUAGUGGUAGGAGGGAUAUUACUAUGUCAGGUAAAAAGGACUCACAUGUAAAGGAUAGCCAUACAUUUUGAUGCAUUGUUUUCGAGGUCUGUAUCCCUGUUGUUGUAACUGUGUCUGAGGGUGGUGGUGUUUUUUUAUUAUACAAGUUUGUGAAGAGAGGUUUGCUACGGAGCCCCUUCCACCAUUUUGAAUGCUCCUCCGAGGUGCUCAUUAUAUCACUGCUGUAGAGAUGGUCCACAAAAAUCACUUCAAAAAGGUUAACUAGUAUCAUGUGCCGAAUAUUACAAAUUUGGGAGACUUUCACCCUUGUCUCAAUGCAGCAUCAAAUGUCACUCAACUGUAUUGUACAUGAUGCGAUAGAGGGAAUGUAUGUUUUUAUAUGACAAUAAAGAGUUACUUACAAUA